AUGGCAGCAAACCGAAUGUUUAUCUUACUGGCUCGCACCCAUUCACAAGGACAGAAGUGUUUCAAGACUAUUACGGAUGAUCAAUCUCACCUAUGGCAUCGCAGGUACGGACAUUUGAGCUGGAGCGGUUUGAAAAUCCUUCAACAAAAGAAAAUGGUGAAGGGCUUACCAGAAUUCCAAGCACACACGAAAGUUUGUGAAGAGUGUUUGGUGGGAAAGCAACAACGAGAUCCAUUUCCAAAGAAGAGGACGUGGAGGGCAUCUCAGAUUCUUCAACUUGUGCAUGCAGACAUAUGUGGGCCUAUUAAUCCGAUCUCCAACAGUAAGAAGAGGUAUCUCUUGUCUUUUAUUGAUGAUUAUAGUAGGAAAACAUGGGUUUACUACUUGGUUGAGAAGUCAGAAGCUUUUAACAUUUUCAAAAGUUUCAAAGCUAGGGUUGAAAAGGAAACCAGUUUAAGCAUAAGGAAUCUGCGUACAGAUCGUGGGGGUGAAUUUAUUUCACUGGAGUUCACAGCUUUUUGCAACAUGAAUGGAAUUCAAAGGCAGUUGACAGCUGCCUACUCUCCCCAACAGAAUGGCGUCGCGGAAAGGAAGAAUCGAACUAUUAUGAACAUGGUUCGAAGCAUGCUUACAGAAAAGAACAUCCCACGAAGUUUCUGGCCAGAAGCAGUCAAUUGGACCAUCCAUGUUCUCAACAGAAGCCCAACUCUAGCAGUGAGAAACAUGACACCAAAAGAAGCUUGGGGUGGCUCCAAACCCUCAGUGGAGCACUUCAGGGUUUUUGGGUGUUUAGCACACGUGCAUGUUCCUGAUGGCAAGAGAAUUAAACUCGAUGACAAGAGUAUGAAGUGCAUCCUACUAGGAGUCAGUGAAGAAUCCAAGGCUUAUCGUUUUUUUGAUCCAAUUUCCAAGAAGAUAGUGAUAAGUCGUGAUGUUAUUUUUGAAGAAGAUAAAGCUUGGGACUGGAGUGACAAUCACCAAGAAUCAAUCAUGGCUGAUCUUGAGUGGGAAAAGAAUGAAGAAGCAGAGAGCGAGGAAUCUGAUCAUAAUGAUAAGACAGACACGACUGACAUAGAAGGAUGUGUUCGAAGACCACCGGCUUGGAUGAGAAACUACGUGAGUGGAGAUAGUCUCUCCGAGGAGGAAGGUAUGGCUCAUCUAGCUUUAUUUGCUGAGUUUGAUCCUAUUACUUAUGAAGAAGCUGUAAAAAGUGAAAAAUGGAAGAAGGUAAUGGAUGCAAAAAUUGAGGCGAUAGAAAGGAAUAACACAUGGGAGUUGAUAGAGAUGCCAUCAAAAGGAAAAAUAAUUGGGGUCAAAUGGAUUUACAAAACAAAGCUCAACAAGAAAGCAAGGAAUGGCUGGACUGUUUAUCAAUUAGAUGUCAAGUCGGCUUUUCUACAUGGUGAAUUAAAUGAAGAGGUGUUCAUGGCACAACCUCCAGGCUAUGAACAAAAAGGGCAUGAGCACAAGGCUCCUCGAGCCUGGUACAGUCGCAUUAAUUCAUAUUUCAUGAAGGAAUGA